AUGCGGGAAUCGGUUAUUGUUAGGCCGAAAGCAAUAGCGAGUCGUCGGGGUUCAUCGGUAGCUUCCAGAAAUACGUCCACUUCGUUUAAAGUGGAGCCACAACACGCUGACAGUCAGCGAAACGCCACCUCUAAGGUGUCGUCAAACGGCAGACCGGACCGAGGCAGUCACGGCACGAUUUCCCUGCAGUCAUCCUUGUCAGGGGGCAGCUUUGAGCUGAUGUCGUCGAUGUCAUCUUCACAACGCCCCCCAUCCGGUUCGCUGAAUGGAGACCUGAACAGCGUCGGAACAAACAACUCAGACAGCUGCGACUCUGCGGAACAAUUCGAACGGCGUAGUUUCGAGAACGCUUUCGAAAUGGACGGCUCGACGACGGGCACUAUAAAACGCCAGCCUCUGAAGUCUCUGCCCGCCGUGGUAGGCAUCGGUGGGGCCAAGCUGCCGCUGACCGAAAGUACGAAACAGAUCCACAACGCGGCCACCAGAAGGAAGGCGUCUUCUUCAUCGUCCCUUGACAGCUGCUUGCGCACACCCAUAUCUGACCACCCUAAAACCGCCCCUGCGGACGCUGCUGAACCGUCAUCGCCGCCGCCGCCAUCCAAAACUAUCAGCAACAUGAACGGUAGCCUGUGUGACGACGAACUGCCUCCCCCGCCGCUAAAUCAAAUGCCUCGUUCCGUGUCUAUCGAAUCGUUCAACGAUUUUCCGCCUCCUCCUUCGCCCUUGAUGCUACAGAACGAAGCUACCGAAUUGUCUUUAGAAGCGUCAUAUCAUCAAGUUCGCUCUGGCGCUGAUUCGCCACCUCAUGAAGUGACAAUGCGCCGCACGGAUAAGGGCAGCGACAGACUAAAGCCUCCACCCCCUCCUCCACCAAAAAGGAGCGAGUCCACAAGAAUAUCUACAAGGAUCGUCUCAGAUGUAGGGUGCAGUUCUUGUGAAAUAUGCUCCUCUGAUACUCCUGUCAACAAGGAAAGCUGCUUUCGACCGGUAGUCCCAAUGAAGCCGACCGCUUUUAACAACCGCCAAAGUUCAGUAAAUAAAUCGAGACUUUCUACAGACGAGUCGAGUUUUCAAAACGAACUGCAACGGGCGAUGCAGCGACGACUACAGAAGUUGCAGAAUAUGCCUGCAUAG